GAGGGAAAAGGGGCGGGGCCGAACAACGACAAGAGGAAACCUGCUCAAGUUGAAAAGAGCGUGAAGUCACUCCAAAGUCUGACUCUGAACGCAAUCAUUCAGGCGGACGGAGGACCUCUACCGGCUCUACGAUAUCGAGUAAUUUCCGAUGUCAAUUUGGUCCCCACGACAACAAUAUCUCGGUGGCUACAAAACGGCGUGAAUAACGGUCAUUUUCUCGACGGCCAACCAGAAUGGUAACAACCGAUUUGUCCGUUGCUGCCCCCAGGUUGAAGAGGGAAGACUAUAAGCGCACCAAGCACGACUCCGUCUUCUCCAAAUGGCAGAUUCUUGUUGGUCCUUCCGAUUGGGAAGACUGUUUACUGGGAAAGGAAGGAGCUACAAAGUAUAGAGUUCACAACCUGCCCAAAAGUUCUGGUCCAGGAGUGUAUGAGCUUGGGAUUGCUGUAUCUCGGACGGGGUUGGGGCGUGAAAUCAGCAAGCUUGACCCGGACCGCGUGAUCGUGACUUACCUUGGUCAGGCAGACAAUGUUAAGACGCGACUCCAGCAGUAUGGCCGGACAGGUGCUCACUUGGGCAAUAGCUGUUUCAAUGGUGGCCCAAAUGACUCUAAGAGUGUGUGUCUCCAGAAAAGGCCUGGAUUUUUUGAGGAGAUAUUUUCAAAUGGCUACCCCAUUGUGUUUCGAUGGGUUCCUACGGAGAGCAAGAGCGAUGCUGAGAAAAAAGAAGCCCAGCUGCUCAACAGAUUUGAUUAUGCAUGGAACUUAAGCAGUAAUGGUGCACGGCGACAAUAUGAUAUCCUUUUGAAACUUAAGAAAGAUGCUUCAAAAACUAUCCAAUUUUCUAAUAUUGUCAGGAAACUUCUGCUAUUUGAUCAGAAGCAAGUGGGCAUUAGAAUCAAAGCAAGCACUCACGCUGAUGAAGAGAGCUACAAUUUCCUAUCAGGAGUUUUCAAAUUUAGUAGAUCGCAGCCUAGGCUUGUACUGGAUAGAAGUGGUGUUAUUGAGGACAACACUAGUUUUUGUGGGGUGGUCUUAAGUGAUGGUUCCGUUUGUAGAAGACCACCGGUUGUGAGAAGAAAGAGGUGUGCUGAACACAAAGGGAUGAGAAUUACUGGGUUCAUCCCAACCUUGGUUACAGAAGGUAAAUCAAAGAGCACAAUUGGCUCAGAUUCCACUAAUCUUGAUGACAGAGAGGGUUACAGUCACAAUGACACAGCAAAGUGUCCACUGGUUGCAUUUAAGCGUCCUGUUAGUGAGAACUUUACUCCUAUAUGUGGAGUCCUCUUGAGUGAUGGCUCUGCUUGUAGAAGGCAGCCGGCUCAGGGGAGGAAAAGGUGUGACGAACACAAAGGUAUGAGAAUAAUUAGAUCCAUUGCUGAGUCAGCUAUGGAAGGAAACCCGAAUUCAUCUGCAAUGCGCAAACCUGGAAUAGUGCAACCUCGAGCUUCCCCAGAGAAGUUUGUUGUCAGCAAAAGCUGCAACACUAUAUGUGGGGUGAAUUUAGAUCAUGGGCUUUUCUGUACAAGACAGCCUGCUAGAGGAAGAGUCAGGUGUGAAGAGCACAAAGGGCUGAGAGUUAAUGGGUUGGUCCCCAUGUUAGCAGCAGAAGACAAGUCCCAUGUAUCUGAUAAGGGUUUGGAAUUCAGUUCUUAUAAUGCCUCCACUUGUGGAGCAGCCUUACACGAUGGUUCUCUGUGCAGAAGGCAGCCAGUGGAAGGAAAUAAAAGGUGUUGGCAGCACAAAGGCAUGAGGGCCGGUAGUUCCUUCUCUGGGCUUGGCUCUGGAAUAACUUUUCUCUCAUGUGGUGUUACCUUGCAGAACGGAUCUACCUGUAUGAGGACUCCUGCUUAUGGUAGGAAGAGGUGUGAGCAGCACAAGGGGAGAAGAGUCUAAUUCUCUGAAAUUACAAAAUUAGAGAUGGACUUCCAGAGGAGGUCUUGUUUAAUGUACUCAAUUAACUAUACAUAUUGUAGCUCUCUUUGUAUCCUUAAGUACAUGCCCUUCAAAUAAUAUUGUAGCUCGUCUCCCUUUAGGGCAUUCACAGUAA